CUUAUGCUCGUCCCACACCCUCCGUGACAGCAUUUUGUGGAUUCUGUGUACACGCCGUUCUUCGCCAUUUUCACGUUGGUCCUUCGUAUGCAGUAGUUGGGUUUCAGCUUCGUACACCAACAAAAAGCGCAUUUUUAGAACGAACGAAACUAACACUGCUGCAACAAAACCUAAGCACCCAACAAGUAAACUCGUAUUUUUCUUCCUUGUUGCAGAGCUUAGAUGCGCGCCCCCGCCGGAAGAAACCUAUGCACUCUCGCCGCCCUCGUUCGCUCUCGGUUAAUCGGCAAACCCAACACCAGUGUUGAAUCCUUUAUAGCACCUUCUCCUGAAUUCAAAGUCGGUUUUGGUUCUGAACUGCAACAUUCCUUAGAACACGACCUCGCUGGUGACUUUUCCCUAGGGGAUUUGGUCGGCGAAGAUGAGGGUACUGGGCAGAUAUCUGCUUUACUGUGCUCUAAACAGGACAAGGGGUCUGGUUACGAGGAAGUCGACCAGGAAGAAAAAAGGAAAAUUGCGUUAGAAAUACCAUGGAUAGCAGACCUGUUUCAUGGUAAUCUAUCGGUCAAACGAAAGGAGGUAGUGCGUGAGCGGAAGCAUAAGUGGAUUUUUAAAUACUCUAGUAAUGACCGUUUCAACAGGUUAAUUAAAUUGUGUGCACAUAGGCUAGGAGCAACAAAAACAGUUAAUAUGUUUAGUCACUUGGGUCGAAAAACAGGCGUAAAGGAGUACAAUGCAUUGAUAAAAAUGUGCAUAGAGAAGGCUAGGGCGACUGAUGAUGAAUACAUAGCUGUAAAUGAGAUGAGUAAGGCUUUUCACCUUUUCAAAUCAAUGAGGGAUUUUGGAUGUCCGCUGGAAGAGCAAACAUAUGGUCCACUUCUCUGGUAUCUAAUUGAUAUGGGUCUGGUUCAAGAAUUUCAACUUUUCUCUGAUGUUAUCAAAGCUGAGAAUCCUCGUUCAGCUUCACGAUUGGGUUACUAUGAAAUGUUGUUGUGGUUAAGAGUUGACAAUGAAGAAAUGAUCCGGGACAUUUGCGAGUUUAUUAUAGUUGAUGAUAGAGAUUCAGCCUUACGAGUAAGUUACUUGAUGGCUCUUUGUGAAAGUGAUAAGACAAUGCAACUUUUGGAUGUGGUGAAGAAUGUAGACAUCAUCAAGCUUUUAUCUGCAGAAUGUAUUGUAAAUAUAUUCCGAUCAUUAGGCAGGCUCCAACAGCAAUCUGUUGCAGAUGACAUACUUUUGGAUUUGAGAACACGUGAUUAUGAUGAAGAUAAUAUUUCAAACUUCAUUGUUAGUUAUGCUGUUAGCAUUCCUAAUUUAGCGGUUGAGGACAUCAUGGCAAAAGUCAAUAAUUUGCAUGAAUUACUAGAAGUCUUGCUUUCAUCGUCAUCAUAUGAAAAGCUUAUUUUGCAUUGCUGUGGUUUAGACCAGGUGGGCGAUGCUCUAGAUAUUGUUGAACAAAUGUGUGAUGCUGGCUUUAACUUGUCAACUGACGUGUUACAAUUCAUAUUACAAAUCUGCGAGGAAUCUUUUGAAUAUAUUUGGGUACAUCGAAUCUGUUCAAUAAUAUGUCGCUAUCAUUUGGAGUUGAAUGGUGAAAUAUGCAGGUGCUUGGUACACUUUUGUGUGAGGAUAAAAGAUUUUGAAGGCGCAUACAAAAUAAUUGGUGACUUAGAGGAAAUGAAUGUUAAACUUACGGCAAACAUGUUCAAUGCUAUAAUGGCAGGAUAUUUUCGAGAGAAGAAUAUCAGUGCUGGGUUAAGGGUCCUGAAACACAUGCUAGGUGCCAAUGUAGACCCUGAUUCUCAGACUUUCAGCUAUUUGAUUAACAAUUGUGAAACGGAAGAGGAUAUAAUGAAGUAUUGUGAUGAAAUGAAGCAAUCUGGAAUUCAACCUACAAAGCAAGUUUUUAUGGCCCUUGUUCAUUCAUACGCAGCUUGUGGAAAUUUGGAGAAGGCAAAACAGGUAUGGAUACAAGCAGUAAACCUGGCAUUACGGUUACUGGACUAAAAGGGUAAUAGAGGCAUUGUGCGAAGUUUAAAUUUCUAGAUGAUAGAACUUGCAUUAUCAUGAGUAGCGGCGAGUAGAUUGUCAUGUUUGCAGUUAUUACUGCUAAUGCUUUCAAGUAAUUUUAAUAAUUUGAUCUAAUUAACCAUAAAUAGUUUCUGAAUUCACAUGCCCUGGGCUUGACAUCCCUUUAUGGGAUUAUUUCAUUUCUAUUUUAGCCAACUUUGAUUCUGCUUUACAUUUAUGAUACCAGCUGUAGCUUAAGUAUAAUAUAAGCUUUUUCUUUCUUAUUCUCCAUAUUCUUAGUCUGAUUGAUUCUCUAUAAUUACUCUGCAUGCUUGUUUAAAUACCUCAUUGACUAUAAAUGUGGGAAAAGUAGAGCUUAUAAGGGCUUGAGCAAUCCUUACUCCUGAGAUAGAUUUUGGGAUU